GUUCAAGAGUGACCAGAAUAAUAGGUUAAUAGAGCCAAAGAACUAUUUACCAAAACAUUUAAUUGAAAUCCAUUUAGAGCCAUUUUGGGCAUACCUCAGGUGUGCCAUCAGAAGAUGUCCUCAGGUUACUCGAGUGGUUCCUUCAACAGACACAAAGUAAACUGCGCAGACACAAUCACAGAAGAGCCGAAUAUUGAUGAGGGUUCACUGUUAAAUGGGAGCUAUCAGGCAGAUGGUGCUGAUGGAUUAGGUUCAUUUGAUCUCCCUUCUGAUUUAGAUGAUGCUGAUAUAGGCAAGACCAAAUCAGGCUAUGGAUAUAAAAAAAGUGAAAUAGGAUCUUUGUUGAGGGCUGAGGAUGAAAAAUUACCACCUGAAUUGGAUGAAGAUUUGGAUGGUGUGGAUACAUCCCUUUUAAAUGUGCCUAGCAAGUGUGCCCAGCAAGCUGAAGAAUUUGUCAAAAAGGUCUGGGCUGCUGGGUGGAAUGUUGCACACCAUCACACUCUACCAGACUGGCUCAAGGAUAAUGACUUUUUGCUCAGAGGUCAUCGUGUUCCAACAAAUUCUUUCAUGGCAUGUUUCAAGUCUAUUUUUAGAAUUCACACAGAAACUGGGAACAUCUGGACACAUUUGUUAGGCAUGAUAGCCUUUCUGGGCAUCGCUGCCUACUUCUUAACUCGACCCUCCAUUGAGAUCCAGUGGCAGGAGAAGGCAGUGUUCUCAGCCUUUUUUAUGGGGGCCAUCUUGUGUCUGGGUUUCUCAUGGGUGUUCCACACUGUUUACUGCCACAGUGAGCGUGUCGGCAGAUUUUUCAACAAGCUGGACUACUGUGGCAUAGCUCUGUUGACAAUUGGCUCAUUUGUGCCCUGGCUGUACUACAGCUUCUACUGUAGGCUGGAGCCCAAGGUGACUUACUUAGCCCUGAUCUUUUUCCUGGGGACCAUAUGCAUUGUUGUUUCUAUGUGGGACAAGUUUGCCCAGCCACAGUACAGACCUCUGAGAGCUGGCGUGUUUAUUGCGUUGGGGCUCAGUGGUGUCAUUCCUGCUAUGCACUACGUCAUCACUGAUGGCUUCUGGCAUGCAAUCAAUUUUGCUGCCCUGGGUUGGCUUGUCCUGAUGGCCUUACUGUACAUUGUUGGGGCUGUCAUUUAUGCUGCCAGGAUACCCGAGAGGAUUUUCCCAGGAAAAUUUGAUAUCUGGUUCCAGAGCCACCAGAUUUUCCAUGUUUUUGUUUUGGCCGCUGCCUUUGUUCACUACCAUGGUAUAUCAGAGAUUGCCAACUACAGACUUACACUUGGGGAUUGUAUAAUGAGGGAGGUGGAGUAGAGUGGAGCUGCAUUUGUUUCUUAGAUUGUUGGACUGAUCUCUAUUGUGACACAGAUUAUUGUAUGGCCUUUAAAUCAGGUUUAAACAUAUUUAGAUAAUUUGCUAGUUUUAGAAAAUUUUGCUUAUUUUAGAGCUCUUAAAAAUAAUUAAUUAAAUUAGUGCUUUUGUCUUGAAAAAACUUUUUAAUUUAUAAAGUUAGUUGCAAUUAGUAUUAUCUUUACGAAGUGGUUUACAGUUUUCAAAGAAUUCUGUAAGAAAGGAACCAUUUCAGUAGUUAAAUUAUUGAUCUUUUAUUUUUUCUUCUAGAAUUGAAGGCUUUAAUUUUUUUGCUUAUUUUAAUUUUUUUAAUGUUGAAUAGGUAAUCAAGUCUGAAAGAGAGAAAAAAGCAUAAUUUAUUAAUAAGACUGGAAGUGAUUAAAAAAGUAAAGGGUCUCUUCACUAUAUGCUUUGAUGAACUUGCCAUCAUUUUAUUUUGCUUUUACUAACACUAGGCUGAUAACUACCAUUUAGAAAAAUUACAUAUGUGAUUGUCUGAGCUGUUUGUUCAGUUAUGUAGUUUAAGUACAUUUUAGGUGCUACAUAUGACUAACCUCAUAAUCAUGAAACUAAAUAGUUACAUAAGU